UUGAAAAAAUAUGAAUCAUGUGGAAAUCCAGCACCAAGUAAAAACACAACUGGUGGAUAUGGACGACAACAAUCAAAACCAUCCGCUAAUCCUAAUGUUAAAGCAGAAAUGGAUAAAUUAUCUAAACUUAAUGAUGAGAGUUCUAAGAAAGUUAAAGAAUUACAAGCAGAAGUUGAUAAAUAUAAGAAUGCAUUAUUAGGUAAAGGUAAUGAAAGUGAAGUUUUAGUAACAAACUUGAAGAAAGUUGAAGCUGAAAAGAAUACAUUACAAUCUCAACUUACAAAACUGUCAGAGGAAAAUACAGAAUUAAAUCAUAAAAUUAAUGAAAUGUCCAUGAAGUUGAAAUCACUUGAUAAAGCAAACGAAGCAAAUACAAAUACUUCACAAGAAUAUAUUAACAAGAUUGAAUUAGAAAUUUAUAACACGAGGGAUAUAAUAAUUGAAACAAUUACAAAAGUUUUAACAGUAGUUGGUGCAUCACAAGAAGAUUUUGACAGAACUCACAGCAACUUUGAACAAGUCAAAAAUGAAAGAAUGAAUCUGACAACGUUUGCAGGUUAUGCUAAAGAAGAAAUUGUGAAUCAAAUUGGAGGUUUCAAAAACAAUACAAGAGACCUUUUUGAAAAUGUUAAUAUGCAACUUGUUGAUAUUUUACUUACAUUCACGAAUUUUGCAGGUUACAAUGAACUUUCAGCUGAGAUUGAUGAUACUAAGAAAGAUAUUGAAAGUUCUGAAUUUACGGGUAACACAGAUCCAAUUCAAGGAAUCCAAGUCCUUCGUGAUACAAAUACAAAGAUAUUGCAAAAAGUUAUGAAUGAUUAUAAUGAUUUAAGACAAUCUGCAAACAAAUUAUAG